AUGGAGACGAAGAGGGUUCGAUUGUUAUUCAAAAAUGACGAUGUUCUGAGAGAAGCGCAGAAAUCGGACGGCCUGAAUCGAUGCUGGGUUUUGUUGAAACCCAAUCAACACAGAACAAUUGCCGAUAUUACCUCUCACCUCGUCCACGCUUUCCAGCUCCACCAGUCGUGCCCCCAUGGCCUCCUCCUCUCCAUGGACGGAUUUGUGUUGCCAUCGUUUGAGUCGACUACCAUUUUGAAGGAUAAAGAUCUGAUCAGAGUAAGGAAGAAAGAUGAUGCUUUGUUUAUAGAAGGACAUAAUGCUGUUCAUUCAGUCAAGAAAUUGAAAGCUUUAGAAAAGCGACCUGUUAAUAGUAGUGUCUUGCUUUUAUCAAAUGUGGAGUUUGAGAAGGGAAAAGAAGUUUAUGAGAGUGAUGACUCUGAAGAGGAAGAGGAAGAGGAAGAGGAAGAGGAAGAGGAAGAUGAAGAUGAAGGUGACCUGUUGGAAGAUGUGGAAAAUCUAUCUGGUGUAAACGUAGAUUCCGAGAAGCGACAAAGAAAAGCAUCAGAGAAACUUCAGUAUUCCAUGAAAAAAAAACAUUCUGAGGCUCCUGAAACUGUUGCAAGUGACGGUCAUGUAGAAAAGAUUGCAAACCCUCACCAGGAUGGAGUUCUAACAAAACAGAAGAGCCAUUCACAGGUGGAGAAGAAAUCUGAUUCUAAUGGCAAUGGAAACAUUGAAAAUAAUGAGGAAAAUGCUAAAUUAAGUGACAGCAAUGAUGAUUUUAUUCCCAGCAAGAAAAGAAGUUUGGAGCUUCAAGAGAAUGGAAAAGAGAUCAAGGAUGCCAGCUAUGUACCAAAGGAAACAAAAAAGAUUUCAAGUAGAAGUGCUAUGCGGAAGCGUGCUAAAAGGCAAUGGUUGCGGGAAAUGGCGAAAAUUCAGAAGAAAAAUGAAAGUUCUGAAUCAGAGAAUCUUAAAAAUUGGAAAGAGGACCAAGCUAAAGCUGAAAGAAAUAAGGUGGAUGACCACCCAAGAGGAGUGCUACAUUGGAAGAAAUUUCCUGGAAGUAAGACGUCUAACAAUGUGGAAAAACAUCAACAACAAAAUCAAAAUAUAAAUGCACAUGAACACCCUAAUAGAAAUGGAGAUACAUCCUGGCAGUCAAAUCAAUAUAUUGAUGAUGAGGCUGAAGCUGUUCCUGUUGUAGUAUGGCCGGGGCACAUCCGCUUUGGGAAUGUGGGGAAAGGUCAAUCUCUCUCUCUCUGUGUAUUCAUUUAA